AUGUGUCUUGCUCGUGACAAGUAUGGGAUAAAUCCAAAAAACCUCAGGCACCUUGUCUAUGAGCCAGAUAGAAACGUGCUGCGAAGGAAAGAAUGGGAAAGAAGAAAUCAGGAGACCCAGCAGGAGGAUGGCGCGUUUAACAUGAGUUACUCCCUCUUCAGUGAACCGUACAAGACUAAUAAGGGGGAUGAGCUCUCGAAUCGCAUCCAGAACACCCUGGGCAACUAUGAUGAAAUGAAAGACUUGUUAACUGACCGAUCAAACCAGAGUCACCUUGUUGGGGUUCCAAAACCUGGGGUUCCUCAGACGUCUCUCCCCAAGCCCGAUGAACAUCUUAUUGCAGACUCCAGACCACCGCCUCCUCCUCCCAUUUCAAGCACUACUUCUUCCACACCAGCAGCCCUAUCUGCCCAGCAGAGCAAAAGCACCACGAUGGGUUGGCAGAAGGCGGGGCACAAUGCCACUUCAGAUGGCCAGCAGAGAGCAAGCAAGCAUGGGCACCGGUCGCUGGAGUCACACAAGGGUGACUUCAAACUGGUGAACCAGAAAUCCAGUCUGGAGAAACUAAAACGCUAUGCAUCGAGUCCCACCUCUUCCUCCUCCAAUACUGCCCAGCAAAGCUCGCUGAGAGCCACACUAGGAGACAAUGUCAACAGAGUGCAGCAGCCAGCAAAGCUCAACUGUAGCUCGGAAGGAGGAGCUCAAGCACAAGAGAGGCCGGCAAAGCAUGGUGGCGGGCACUGCGUUCAAAACUUCCCACCCUCGCUUGCUUCGAAGCCCAGCCUGGUUCAGCAGAAACCAACAGCUUAUGUAAGGCCAAUGGACGGUCAAGACCAGGCUCCUGAUGAGUCUCCAAAGCUGAAGCUACCGGCAGAGACAACCAAGUCAUAUAGGGGAGUGCCUUCUAAUAAGCCUGAUUCGUCCAGGACCAAGUCAAAGAUAGCCAAGUUCAGCAUUCCUAAGCAAGAAGAGCCUGUUGAGGUCCCUCUGGAUGUUGGCGCGACCCUCUGGGGUAUCAGCCACUCUUCCCAGUUUUGUAUCAUCUCCAGACCUGCUGAGGAUGCACUCUGCUCAUCAUCCAGGUCAUUAAUGAAGACAUUAAACAGUUUUGGCCCCAGUAUUGGCUGUGGGGGAGUUUCAAAGCUCUUCAUAAGCAUUUAUGAUAACCCUGAAAAGAACAUAUUAAAACUGGUUACAGAGGAGUUGGCUGAAGUGCAGGCGGAUGGGGAUGCCUUCCUCCAUGGUACUGCCGGCAGCUAUGCCACAGUCCAGGCACUGGGUGGUGGUCUGGGCUGA